AUGGACACGGUGGGGAAGUUUCACCUCGAGAACUGCGGCCACAAGACGCUGGUCGUGGUGGAAGUAGGGGUGCCGCGAUUUCAAAGGAGACGGUGGAAAGUUUCAUCGCCAGAUCUACAGCUACAAGACGUCGGUCGUGGUUGUCGGUGCUUUCCUCGUCAGGUGCGGCGUGCGACAAUCGACAGAAAAGGACGACGAUGA